GCAAAGAAGGACUCUCUUCUUGGCCACUGUCUGGCCGGCCGUGGAUGGACCAUUGGUGAUCUGCUGUCUACCUAAUUACUAUGAUUGCACUUGUUUCCAACACCCAGCGAGUUCUCAAAUAACGCCAGGACAGUAGUAUCUCCGAGUUUGCCUUUCAGGGUGAAAAUCCGAGACGCCGGUGCUGACUGUUCCGGCGGUAGAAUGCAGAGAAAGUAAGUAAGAGUUGCACCUAGCUAGCGAGCCUGUGCGUUUCCACCGUGUAGCUACGUAACGUUUUGCAGCUUUGCUAGAGUUAGCGAACGGAGGGCAUCACACUGCGUCCAGUUUGGGAGCUGCGCUUGAGUGACGAUACUGCUUGCUUAGGCUCACUGCGGCUGGAGGGAUCAUCAUGGGUUUUCUGGAGCUGGUCCGCAGAACUGAUCCCUACGUCCUGUGGGUGUUGGCAAUGAUGCUGGCAGCGUAUUUGCUGAAUCAGCUGGAUCGCUACACGUACCCGAUCACAUCCAAGGACGUGUCGCGUGAGCUGAUGUUUGGCGAUAUGCAGUGCUAUAGCAGUGGCUACCUGAGCAACUUCACAGACAUGGUCUGCUCAGAUGCCGUGCUGCUGAGAGGACGGUCGGACAACUACUGGAACGCGACCGACGACCUGGCGUGCCGCAACCUGACCAUGAUGGUGGUGAACGGCACGCGCCCGUUCGACUACGCGCAGGAGCCGUGCAAGUGGGACUACAACGGGCAGGGCGCGAAGUACCAGAUCCUGGCCGGCACCUACUUCAUUCUGAUCUAUACGUUUGCCGGCAUUCCGCUCGGGUUCCUGGCGGACACCGUCAAUCGCAAGGUCAUGCUGUCGAUUGCGCUCUUCUUCUGGAGUCUGGUCACCGUACUGACUGGCUUGGCACAGAACUAUACUCAACUUGUCGUGCUGCGUAUGGCGCUUGGUCUCGGAGAGGCCGGCUGCACGCCCAUGGCCGUCAGUAUCCUGUCGGACUACUUCCCGGCCGACCUGCGCGGCUCGGCGCUGGGCGUUUACAACUGGGGCAUCUACACCGGCUACAGCAUGUCCUACGCACUGGCCAAUGGCGUGAAAAGCACGCUCGGCUGGCGGUAUGUCUUCUACAUCUCCGGUGCCAUUGGCCUGGGCGUAGCACCGCUAAUAUUCCUCACUGUCAAGGAGCCGAAACGUGCCAGCAAUGCUGCAAGCAGUGAAACCUCACUGGCACCUCGGGAGGAUUGGCGGAAGAAAGCCGUCACGCUUUUCUUCCAGUUCAUCCGUCCGUCGGUGCUACUUCUGUGCUUUGCCGGCAGUAUACGCAAUGGUGGUGGCUACGUCUGGGCGUUGAAUACAGAGAACUUCUUUGAGGCACGUGGCCAAACGGCCGACGAUAUCAACAAAUUCAUGUCAUGGAUCCCGCUGGUUGCUGGGUCGCUUGGUGCUCUGUUUGGCGGGUUCAUCAGCGAUCGUUUGGUUGCCAAGCGUGGCUUGCAGGCUCGCAUAUGGGUGCUGGUCAUAAGCCAAGUGGUCGCUGCACCGUUUGCCGCCGGUGCUUUGCUCCUGCCUGAGCCAUACGGCUACCUGUGCCUCAUACCCAGUAACAUUAUCGGGGAGAUGUGGGUUGGCGUGACCAUCGCAAUUCUUGUCGAGCUCGUGCCAACGCGCCUGCGUACAUCCUCGGUCGCCGUUUACCUGUUCAUCAUUUCCAACAUAGGCGGCAACAUGAAUUUGCUUGUGCCCAGCUUAAAAGGCCACUUCAGCGCGGAGUCUGGAGCGUACAUUCCACUGCGCAACGCCCUGCUGAUAAUGUUCCCGGGAAUGUACUUGCUAAGCAGCAUACUCUUCCUCUGCGAAGUGUUCGUGCUGCGUCUGGACAAACAGCGACGCGAGGAAGAGAACGUGGAUGACCGUGCGGAGGAAUUGGACUCUGAGGGUGCGCCGCUGAUGGAAAACGAAGCCGUCGACUAUGGUGAACCGCUACUGGAAACGGUGAUGACAGAGGAAAGUCAGGAAUAGCCUGUCGCUGCCCUGAUUAUACAGAGCCUGCGGGUGCAGACUCGACGGGGUGUGGCCCGAGGUGCAUCUGAAGCUGUUCUCAGCGGGCUCAGCAUACCUCACAUCCGGCAGCUGACAACACUAGUGAAAACUGGAAAAAAUGUUGGUGUCGAAACCGGAGGAAUUUUCUAGUUGCCAUCUCGAGCAUGCUUGAAACCAGUCAACCCAUGCCUUGGAUUUAAAGCAAGCUUGCCUGUAGAUGUCACCAAGAGUCCAUAAACAAGAGUAUGCAACUGUGAUCUCUUUUCUAUGGGCCAGAUGCACGGCGCGCUACCUUCAUUACAUCAUUCAGCUGCAGUCCGCGCACUGCGGGAAAUCAAACACCGCACUUUCCCUCUGGUUUGAAAUGAACUUUCGUACGGAACUGGAGUUUAUGCGCCAAAUUUAGAGAUCUUGUAGGCACUGGAACGAAUCAAGCAAAAACGGUUGGGCUUGACGAGAAUUUUUUUUUUUUUUUUUUUUUUUGAGUGCAUGCUUUCAGAGCGUGAUGGAGGCAAAAUGACGUAAUGAAGGCAGCGCGCCGCGCACCAACCCAUAACCACAGUUGCAUACUCUUGUUUAUGCACUCUUGAUGUCACUGGUGUGUUUCAGUAUGACAUCAUCGUACAGGCUUUGUGCGCCAUCCGCGUGAGAUCAAUAUACCACCGUGCGCUCAGGCUAUUUGCCACCUCUUUCGGUCGUCCCAUAUUUGUGGCCCUACUAUCCGUAAUAGAUCUCAGAAGUCUCCCUCGUGAUUCUUCAAAUAUUCCGUUUGCCGUGCUGAAAGAGUGCAGUUGAUCUUGCGUAUACAACGUAGAAACACUCCAGCAGCCCGGCUUCGUCACAGCUGAGAUCAUACUGAGCUAUGAAGUAACGCUAGAUGCCACGGCUUGGUGUUUGAAAAAGAGAUUUGGAAACAGCCGUCAUGAGCGUUGUGUUGAGCAGCCGGGCGCUACUAUCAAGAGCUUUAACUGGUGUCAGAUGACCUCUUGCUUGGUUUGAUCCUAGUCUGAUCUUUCGCUUUUAUACAGGGAUGCCGGAACCGGCGUGGCAGGUGCGGCCAAAGCUGCAUCACUACAACUUCUGGGAAUACGUUCCGACACUCCCAUUACUAGUAUACUAGGCUAAGAUAGUUUUGCUCUGACGGCGAUAUCACGGUAUACAUGUACAUCUGUGUUUGCACUCCCUGCCGCUUGUCCGGCAUGCUCAG